UACCAUAGGAAAAUGACGUCAUCGUUAGUGCCGCUAGCAGAAUAGUAGUCAUCAUCCGGAUAUUUAGAAGAAGAAGCGGUUGACAACACUUUGCAUGGAUGCGGAGGAAGCUGGUUGAGACUGGAAUUUAUAGUUAGCUAUUACAAAGAGACAAAUCAAAAAAUUCUGUUUAGCUGUUAUACACUCAUCCGUUCCAUAACUUGUUGUAAGCGCUUAUUGCCGCUCGUGCUCAGAACAACAGUCUUUGAGAUCCCAUCGAUCCUCUUGCAAGGAAGGAUAGCUAACCGGUUAGCUGUAGGCUAUCCCUUACUCGAAGGCUAAUGAUAGGCAUGCCACUAAUGCACUAGCUACUGAAAAUACUUGUUAUGUUAUUGUCACUGUUGGUGAUGCAAGUUGUGGCUUUAAAUCUGUAUCAUGAAUAGCCGACACAGUUUUUAAACAUAGCUAGCUUAAUGUUAUUAGCUAGCUUAAUACUAUCUAGGGUUUCCAAUUGCAUUUCAUUAUUUUGUCAAAACUAUUAGCUAGCUACCGUUCUACUGAAGAGAAAUCAUAGCCGAAAUGGAUACAUUCUUGGACUAUAAAGAAUGCAUCAAGGACUCACCUGCAUUCAGGUUGGUAACCUUCACUAGGGCGUGGAGUUUUUCCUUCUCAGUAUUUACGGAAAAACUCAUUGCCCCUAUACCUGUCACAACACUGGUCUGGUUGAUUUUAAACAAUAUGACAGUAUGGUGCAUUUCAUAGCUCUGAUGUUGAGUUUCUGGAGACUGGAGAAUAAUCCGUUUUUAUUGGUUUCUUCAGGCUUACCCUGGAUAAGUGUCAGACCGAUGUUGCAGAGCUGCAGAGUCACGUGGAAAAGGUGCAAAGUUAUGUGUGCUCUGAAAAUGUAUCAGCAUGAUGAUCUUGCUUCUGCAAUCAUGUCAAUUGUAAGUGAUAAAUACCUGAGUGUGUAUACCUCCCCACGCAGGUGAUGAAGCUCUGUGGCAAGAUGGUUGAAUCAGGGCAAGCAUACAACACAGCAAAUCAGAAUUUCCUCGCCGGAGUGGCUGAGUUCUCAACAUAUCACAAACGUGACAGUGUCAUCAUGGUAUGUAUGGACAGGGAGAGGGUUAAAAUGUGGGAAAGAAGGGUUUGGGGCAAUGAUAAGGGACACAAAUCAUUAGGCUACAAUUAGUUUGGUUGUGUUUUAUUAUCACUAAAUUGAUGUCUGUUGACGUUCUACUCUUCUGUUCUCCAGAACUGCAUGAGUCAAUUCAUCCAAGGACUACAGGAGAUGAUCAACUUUCAUACUGUGAGUUGAGUUCCACUUGAGACGGAUGAUUGUUGUCCACUUGUUAUGUGCUUUAGUCAGCACAGGUUUUACUCUCCUAGUGGUUCUCUCCUGUCUUUAGGUGCUGUUUGACCAGACGCAGAGAGCUAUCACUCAGCAGCUGUCAAACCUUCUCACAAAGUAUGUUGCCGUGCACACACAGGUGGACAGACACACAGGCGCACUUAUAACUUGUUAUAAGCAUGAUCCUUAAUAAUGUCUUAUAAUAAGGCAUCUCUCGAUGUAUCAACAUUUCAACUUACUCAAAAUGGCUGGAAUCUAGUCAGGAUAAUUAUCAUUAGGGUGGCAGGUAACCUAGGGGUUCGAGCGUUGGGCCAAUAACCGAUGGUUUGAAUAACCGUGCCGACAAGGUGAAACAUCUCUUAACCCUAAUUUGCUCCAGGGGUGCCGUACUACUAUGGCUGACCCUGUAAAACAACACAUUUCACUGCACCUAUCUGGUGUAUGUGACCAAAAAACAAGAAGAAGAGAUAAUUAUAAGACAGUGUACAGAGGUCAUACAUGCUCAUGACAAGUUUUACAAUGCAUCAUAAUGCAUCACAAUGCAUUAUAAAUGUCCUUUAUGUUCUUGUCAUUUAGGUUCAUACCCCAGCUAGGAGAGACUAGGAAGGAGUUUGUGCGGAUUGGGGAGGCUCUCGAGACAGCGGCGGUGAAAAAUGCCCAGAUAUUCCGCCACAAAGUCACUGAUGCAGAGCGCGCCAGCCAUCUGCUGUUGGCAACACGCAAAUGUCACCAGCACUUUGCCCUUGAUUACUGCUUGCAGGUAAAUGCAAUUGCCAGAUGCAUAACCACAGAUCAGUACAUACAACUUGUAAACUAAACUGCUAGUUAUAGUCAAAGGAAUUCACUUUAGUUUGAGGGGGUACUAAUUAGGGUUGCAAAAUUCCGGAAACGUAUAAAAAAAAAAAAAAGAUUUAUCCAACUGUGAAUUACGAAAACACCUCGGAACUCUGGAGACAUUUUCUGGAAUUUUGCAACCCUACUUGGGAUUAGCGACGUUUACACAGGGUAAGAAUUGUUAGCGGAGUGAGUAGCACUCAGGUAAUUCUUACUUAGAUGAUUUAUUUCAUUCUGCUCAGUGUAAAGUACACUCAGCCGUAAUUGUGUUUAUUUUACCCUUAUUUUACCAGGUAAGUUUACUGAGAACACAUUCUCAUUUACAGCAACGACCUGGGGAAUAGUUACAAGGGGGAGGAGAGGUGAUGAAUGAGCCAAUUGGUAGCUGGGGAUGAUUAGGUGGCGAUGAUGGUAUGAGGGCCAGAUUGGAAAUGUAAUAAAUGUGUGAUUCCUCAGAGAGCAGAUGAUGGCUACUGAAGUAGGGCAUUCCCAGCGGAGACUAUUUAGCAGAGAACUCAGACUCACUGGCAAAGACAUCCUGGAACAUCGGGAGGGGUUUAUUUGUUUAAGGCUUGAGUAAGCAGGUGAGAGAACACAUUUAGGUAGGUCUAACGGAGCAGGAACAGAUACACUACCAGUCAAAAGUCUGGACACACCUACUCAUUGAAGGGUUUUUCUUUAUUUUUACAAUUUUUUACAUUGUAGAAUAAUAGUGAAGACAUCAAAACUAUGAAAUAACACAUAUGGAAUCAUGUAGUAACCAAAAAAGUGUUAAACAAAUCAAAAUAUAUUUUAUAUUUGAGAUUCUUCAAAUAGCCACCCUUUGCCUUGAUGACAGCUUUGCACACUCUUGGCAUUCUCUCAACCAGCUUCACCUGGAAUGCUUUCCAACAGUCUUGAAGGAGUUCCCACAUACAUUACUGGUCAAAAGUUUUAGAACACCUACUCAUUCAAGGAUUUUUCUUUACCUUGGAAUGAGUAGGUGUGUCCAAACCUUUGACUGGUAGUGUAUGUCAUCAUAAACAGGCCGUUGCAUAACCAGACAACCCAUGAUAUGGCUAGACAGUAGCAUUUUAGGAUGGCUAUUAAUGACAAGGAUGAGGCCUGGGUCGUGUUCAUUAAGGCGCAAUUAAAACAAUAAUAAUUGCAACAGAAAACGAAAUAUGAGCGUUUCUUAUUGGAUAAGUAAAGGAAGUCCCUCCUUGUUUCAGUCCGUUUUCUUCUAUUUGGUGCCUAAUAAACAAAACCUAGAGUUAACGGAGUUAAGGCAGUGUAGAUUCAUUUUGGUUUCUUCAGUGAUAGGUGAUGUCAUAUUAAUACAUGCAAUGCUUUGAAAUUAAUUUAGUAAAGUUGAACACUUUUUUUUUUUUUUUUGGCUUGCAUUGUUUUUGUUAAUUUGUCCUUUUUAACCAUUGCUCUUCUUACAGCUGAAUAACUUCAAGGCCCAACAGAAGCUGGACAUCCUAAAUUCUGUGAGUCCCAGUUUCUAAGCUGUAGUGGGUGAUCUUAAAUGCAAACGUAGUUAAAUACCCAAGUGCACACAGUGUAAAGAAUGACAAUAAAUAAUAAAAACGCGACUUGUGAAGAACAGUGGGGAGUGGAACUGAAGAUGUAGAAUUGGUUGAUCAGUCAUCCGUAUAUUGUUUGUUUUAGGUGUUCUCCUACUUCCAUGCCCAGUACACCUUCUUCCACCAAGGCUUUGACUUGCUGAGAGACUUGGAGCCCACUAUGAAGACCAUGGUCACACAGGUGAGAUUCAAAGAGUUCAUGAAAUUAGCUAGUUUGAUGGGCAAUUUGUUACAUUGAAAAGAGACUCAAAAUAAAAAAUCCACAGGCUCAUUUUCAGAGGAGGGCAAAAGGGCAGGUGCUCGGACACUGGUUGAGCCCUAUCUGUGGACGUGCCUGAUGGUAACUCUGGUUGAGCCCUCUCUGUGGACGUGCCUGAUGGUAACUCUGGUUGAACCAUAUCUGUGGACGUGCCUGAUGGUAACUCUGGUUGAGCCAUAUCUGUAGAUGUGCCUGAUGGUAACUCUGGUGGAGCCCUCUCUGUGGACGUGCCUGAUGGUAACUCUGGUUGAGCCCUCUCUGUGGACGUGCCUGAUGGUAACUCUGGUUGAGCCCUAUCUGUGGACGUGCCUGAUGGUAACUCAGGUGGAGCCCUCUCUGUGGACGUGCCUGAUGGUAACUCUGGUGGAGCCCUCUCUGUGGACGUGCCUGAUGGUAACAUUCGUUGAGCCCUCUCUGUGGACGUGCCUGAUGGUAACUCUGGUGGAGCCCUCUCUGUGGACGUGCCUGAUGGUAACAUUCGUUGAGCCCUCUCUGUGGACGUGCCUGAUGAUGCCACGCAGGGAGUAUAUAGUCCAGAAUGCGGCUGCCAAUAUCAAUGUUUACUGGUUCAUUGAGAUUUAUGAUCAUAUGCCUUUUGACAGCUUGCCCAACUCUCGACUGAAUGUACAGCUAAAAGAAAGGACCUGGAGAAUACCCACCUACUGUUCCAGCAGACAGUGAGUGUUAUCAUCAGAUACCAGACGGUCACAGUUGCUAAAGGAUUACCACUUAACACAAGUGUGUGUUUGUGUCCAGGAGGCCUCAGGGGAGCCCAUACUAAGUUCUUGUCCUGAUGGUGGGGAAACCAUACAGGGCCACCUCUUCAAAAGAUCUCGGAGAAAGAACAAGACAUGGAAGAGGUGAGCGAGAGAAACACAGAUUCUUUACUGUGAUACCUUACAACUUAUGUCACACAAUGGCAGUUAUUUGCUCCCUUUCAUUAAACAUGUCACUAAAUCUCAAAUCUUGCUUUAGAUGCUGGUUCUCCAUUAAAGACAACCAAUUGGUGUACACAAAGUCACAUAAGGUAUUUGUUUGGUCUUUUGAGCAAUCAUGUAUUAUAGUUGUACUGCAGAAUUUUAUUACUGAAAUGUUUGUGUCCUUGGGUAGUUGUGAUUGACAGUUGUCUUCCUGUAGGAGGAGCCUGUGUCGCUGUUUGAUGACCUCAGGCUGUGUGCGGUGAAGUCUCUGGACAGCAUUGACCGCCGCUUCUGUUUUGAGCUGGUUUCUGUUCAAAAGUAGCUAAGCAGUUUUAAUUUCUAUAUUGUUCAUUGUUGUAUUUAACAUUUUUCUCACAUUUUGCACCAAAGGUUGUUUAAAUUUCUGUCCGUGAAGCUUUAUCUAUGAGAUAAUAAAAACUCAAUCAUUGACAUCAUCAAGAAGUAUUAGCUUUGAAAUUGAAGAUUUAACAGCGCAAACAUCGCAGCUGAUUUUAGAUACAGUGGAAAUAUUUUACUUAUGUUUUGAAUGUGACGCAUUGAAUAAAAGCAGAGCUCAAGUCCCAAGUUAACCCUCACUGACCCACCCUGACUGUCCUCCUCUGCCCAGAUGCUGUGUCCUCCAGGCUGACUCAGAGGAGCUGAAGCAGGCUUGGAUCAGUGCCGUUCAGGGAAGCAUAGACAUGGCCUACCGCGGGAGAGUGGAGUCCCAGCAGCCUCAGGUAUUUACAACUCAAGACAUGCUUACAGACACUUCCACAGAUUUUUCAUACUACACUAUUUAACUACAAUUGUCGAGCACUUCAAUUUUUAACAAAAAAAAAGUGUAAAAAACUAACGAAACGAAGUCACAUUUAACUAAACAAAACAGCAAACAGUAGUACAGUCACAGUGGCUUUCGAUUGACCUAUUAAGGAAUCUCCAGGCAAAUACAUUCUAACUAUGCCUCUCUGUGUGCCCAGCCCAAAGAAAGCCUUCUGCCUCUCCAGAGCCCAUCAGACCCCCAGCCAGGACAGCCUCCUCAGAGGCCUGCGGCUCUGGUUGUGGCCCUUCAAAGUCCGGGGAACCACCGUUGCUGUGACUGCAGUGAGGAGGACCCACGCUGGGCCAGCGUCAACCUGGGUAUCACCAUGUGCAUCGAGUGCUCCGGCAUCCACAGGUACUGCCUUGCUAGUGUGUGGUGUUUGUAGUCCUGGGGGACUAACAGGUCUACAGGGCGUGCAGGCUUUUGUUCCAGCCCAGCACUUUCACACCCAAUUUAACGGAUCAAGGUCUCACGAAGACCUUGACUAGUUGAAUCAGGUGUGUUAGUGCUAGGCUGGAACAAAAGCCUGCACCACCGUGUUUCUGAAAUGUUUCUGUAAUGUUGUGCUGUGGUUUUUUAACAGGAGCCUUGGGGUCCAUCUCUCCAAAGUGCGAUCUCUCACCCUAGACUCCUGGGAUCCCGAACAGCUGAAGGUACUGUAGCAGAAUUAUCAUGGACAUGUUACCAAUUAAAGUUGAGUAGCUCAAGGUAAUUUUUUUUAAAUUAUGAGUAGUAGCCCUGAGUUUUUCCUGACUUCAUGACCAGCUGGCUAUACCUAGGGCCCAGACUUUUACUGGUCAGAGCUCAUGGUCAGGAAGAACUCAUGGCCCCUAAGUAAGAGGUUACUUUCUUAACUCUUCUGCUCUGUUCUACUCUGCAGCUGCUGUGUGGUCUGGGUAAUGAUGUCAUCAAUGGGAUAUACGAGUUCAGGUGUGCAGCAGAGGGCAGAGUGAAGCCUAUUGCUGCCAGCCCUCGGUAAGCAUUUCACAACCGAGGUUCUUUGGCAGCACUAUCAAACCCCUUAUAUUAGUCUCCCAUGGGUCUCCCUCUUUUCAUUCAGCUAGCGACUGGAACGAGCUGCAAAAACACUCAAACUGGACAGUUUUAUCUCCAUCUCUUCAUUCAAAGACUCAAUCAUGGACACUCUUACUGACAGUUGUUGCUGCUUCGCGUGAUGUAUAGUUUUCUCUAACUUCUUGCCCUUUGUGCUGUUGUCUGUGCCCAAUAAUGUGUUCUUAACUGACUUGCCUAGUUAAAUAAAUACAAAUGUUCCGAUUGAAAGAGACUUACUCCAUCAAUUAAAAGGCAUUCAUUAUUAAAGAGCUACACUGAAUGAGCUGAACUCUUAGAAAGGUUCCAUCUAGAACAUAAAACUUCGGCUGUCCCCAUGGGAAAACCCUUUGAAGAACCCUUUUGGGUUCCAGGUAAAACCCUUUUGGGUUCCAUGUAGAACCCUUUCCCUGCACAGUCUCCUAUUUUAACAAUGAUUCUAUCUAUCUCUAUUUCAGCCCAGAGAAAGAGACAUGGAUUAAAGAGAAAUAUGUUGAGAAAAGAUUUGUAAAGGAUGACAGCUUGCCUGAAACACGUAGGUCCCUAUCCUACUACCCACCUCCGCAUGGGUUUGAUGUUGUUUGUGUGUGUGUGUGUCUGUCUGUGAAUUGAAUCAGUCCUACUCCUACAAUUCGUCUCAGUCCAUUCCUCUUUCAAUGACUGUUACUGUAGAGAGGAGGGAGAACGCAGGGCGCCAGAUGUACCAGGCUGCUUGCCAAGGGGACCUGGUCACCAUGGCAUCCGCGUUGGCCCAGGGGGCAGAGGUGAACUGGAGCCACGCUGAGGAGGAGGGACGCACCGCUCUCAUUGGCUCAGCUUUUGGGGUGAGUAGCGCCAUGGACAUUAUUUAAAGGGACAGUCAGCAAUGCACAAAGUAAUCAGUAAUAUCAAGCUGCUUUUCGCAAAAACUAAGGACAUUUAAUCCCAGGGCUAAACUUCUCCGCUUUCUCGGUUCCGCAGUUUUCACAUUGAAGCUAUUGAAGUGCACCGGUGCACAUGUGUAGAUACUCUGUGUGCGUCGUCUUGCAUCAUGCAACAUCUUCAGUGCUGCUCAUGGCAACGUCAUAUCGCUGAGGCUCCCUUUGACAUAGAUUGUGUUAUAUUUAUACUUUCGCAUAGAAGGCCCCCAAGUUUAUCCUGACCAGGAUAAUGUUUAAUGUUUUUUUGACCAGGUAGUUUGUUUAAUGUUUUUUAAAUUUAUUUUUAUACUUCAGGGCCCUAAAACAUGGGUUGUGCAUGUAUCUUACAUGUACAGUGCAUUCGGAAAGUAUUCAAACCCCUUGACUUUUUCCCAAUUUUGUUACAUUACAGCCUUAUUCUAAAAUUGAUGAACACAUUUUGUCCUCAUCAAUCUACGCACCACACCCCAUAACGACAAAGCAAAAACGUUUUUUUAUAAACGUUUGCAAAUGUAUUAACAAUAAACUGAAAUAUGACAUUUACAUAAAUAUUCAGACCCUUUACUCAGUACUUUGUUGAAGCACCUUUGGUAGGGAUUACAGCCUUGAGUCUUCUUGGGUAUGACGCUACAAGCUUGGCACAUCUGUAUUUGGGGAGUUUCUCCCAUUCUUCUCUGCAGAUCCUCUCAAGCUCUGUCAGGUUGGAUGGGGAGCGUCGCUGCACAGCUAUUUUCAGGUCUCUCCAGAGAUGUUCGAUCAGGUUCAAGUCUGGGCUCUGGCUGGGCCACUCAAGGACAUUCAGAGACUUGUCCCGAAUCCACUCCUGCGUUGUCUUGGCUGUGUGCUUAGGUUCGUUGUCCUGUUGGAAGGUGAACCUUCGCCCCAGUCUGAGGUCCUGAGCGCUCUGGAGCAGGUUUUCAUCAAGGAUCUCUCUGUACUUUUCUCCGUUCAUCUUUCCCUCGAUCCUGACUAGCCUCCCAGUCCCUGCCGCUGAAAAACAUCCCCACAGCAUGAUGCUGCCACCACCAUGCUUCACCGUAGGGAUGGUGCCAGGUUUCCUCCAGACGUGACGCUUGGCAUUCAGGCCAAAGAGUUCAAUCUUGGUUUCAUCAGACCAGAGAAUCUUGUUUCUCAUGGUCUGAGCGUCCUUUAGGUGCCUUUUGGCAAACUCCAAGCAGGCUGUCAUGUGCCUUUUACUGAGGAGUGGCUUCCGUCUGACCACUCUACCAUAAAGGCCUGAUUGGUGGAGUGCUGCAGAGAUGGUUGUCCUUCUGGAAGGUUCUCUCAUCUCCACAGAGGAACUCUGGAGCUCAGUCAGAGUGACCAUCGGGUUCUUGGUCACCUCCCUGACCAAGGCCCUUCUCCCCCGAUUGCUCAGUUUGGCUGGGUGCCAGUUCUAGGAAGAGUCUUGGUGGUUCCAAACUUCUUCCAUUUAAGAAUGAUGGAGGCCACUGUGUUCUUGGGGACCUUCUAUGCUGCAGAAAUGUUUGGGUACCCUUCCCCAGAUCUGUGCCUCGACACAAUCCUGUCUCGGAGCUCUACGGACAAUUCCUUCGACCUCAUGGCUAGGUUUUUGCUCUGACGUGCUCUGUGAACUGUGGGACCUUAUAUAGACAGGUGUGUGCCUUUCCAAAUCAUGUCUAAUCAAUUGAAAUGACCACAGGUGGACUCCAAUCAAGUUGUAGAAACAUCUCAAGGAUGAUCAAUGGACACAGGAUGCACCUGAGCUCAAUUUCGAGCCUCAUAGCAAAGGGUCUGAAUACUUAUGUAAAUAAGGUAUUUCUGUUUUUUAUGUGCAAAAACAUUUCUAAAAAACAGUUUUCACUUUGUCAUUAUGGGAUAUUGUGCGUAGAUUGAUGAGGAAAAUGUUUAAUCAAUUUUAGAAUAAGGCUGUAACGUAACAAAAUGUGGAAAAGGUCAAGGGUUCUGAAUACUUUCCUUAUGCACUGUAUUUGCUGUUGUCUGCCUGCCUGUCUGCCUGCCUGUCUGCCUGCCUGUCUGUCUGUCUGCCUGCCUGCCUGUCUGUCUGUCUGCCUGUCUGUCUGUCUGUCUGUCUGUCUGUCUGCCUGUCUGCAGGGUUCCCUUACGGCCUGUGAGUUCCUGCUGCAGAAUGGAGCCAAUGUAAACUACCGUGACCAGCGUGGUCAAGGAGCCCUUCACACUGCAGCCACCUGGGGCCACACAGGGUGAGGUUCACACCCAUAGAGAUACAUCAAUUACAUAUACAGUAUAUGUAUGGUGUUGACAGUGUUCUAUUUAAUUCACACAGACUAGGGUUAGGCGAUAUUACCAUAGUAUUGUCUAUCGACGAUGAUUGACAACCAGGUAGCCUAGUGGUUAAGAGCGUUGGUCCAGUAACUGAAAUGUCGCUGGUUUGACUCCCCGAGCCAUCUACGUGAAAAAUCUGGAGUAAGGGUGCGAUACCAUUGUCCAACCCUAACACAGACAGGGAAGACAGCAUAUAGAGCAGGGAUGGGCAACACCAUAGACUACGGCUGGCUAUUUUACAAUAUCCACACUAGCAUACCACUUACAAUGCAUGCCCAAAACUUAGCUUCAUUCUAAGUGGUAUGCUAUUGGAACAAUGCCCGUAACUAGGAACCAGAGUUUAUGGUCAGGGUAAAGUCCUUGGCCUGCAAAUAGCAAUAGAAGAAGUCCAUCCAUGUCUUAGGCCACGGGUUCUCAAUGUUUUUGGGGCCGUGGACCCCUUUUUGUAAUAGCAAAUUCAUCAGGACUCAACUUCUACUUGAGAAUGCAAUAAAAAAAACAUGCAAGGAGGUUUAGUAUGAUUUUGGCAAUGCAGGGCGGACUAACCACGUAUCCGGCCCUUUAUCUUCUUCUGUUGUUGUUGUUGUUGUUGUUGACCCCCUGCAGUACCUUUGAGAACCACUGCUGUCUUAGGCUAUAGUAUAUCAAAGUCUAUGAUUGGUUCAAAUCAGUUUGGUGGGUGCAAAUUAAUAGCAUGUAUGCCUCAUGUUCCUCACAGGCAAGUGUGUCUACUUCUAAAGAAGGGAGCCAAUCAGUAUGCUGUUGACGAGAGGGGGCAGGACCCACUCGCCAUUGCCAUAGAGACAGCACACGCCGAUAUUGUGACCCUGUAAGUAAAUCUACUCUAUGAAAUGCAGGAAAGGUGGAGGCUUUGUUUGUUAAUGCCCUCUAUUUUUGGGGGACUGUCUUCCAGACUACGAAUGGCUCGCAUGAAUGAAGAGAUGAGAGACUCCGAGGGAUUCUUUGGAUCUAUGGGUAACAUUCACUAUGUUGAUGUUUAAUAAAAUACGUAUACCUUUAUUUGUUUCUCACCUGUACCCUUUACAGUUGUACCUGUAUACGGGUUGAAAAUGGCAGAUGAUAAGCACCUAAAUUGGCUGUACAGUAACAUGCUAUACAUGACAUCAGAGCUCACCCCUGAGGGUCAGUGAAGACACUUGCCAGUUGGUCCGCGCAUGCUCUGACUAUACGUCCUCGUAAUCCGUCUGGCCCUGCGGACUUGUGAAUGUUGACCUGUUUAAAGGUCUUGCUCACAAAGGUUUUUAACUCGUCUGGUAGGCUUGCGUCACUGGGCAGCUCGUGGCUGGGUUUCCCUUUGUAGUCCGUAGUAGUUUGCAAGCCCUGCCACAUCCGACGAGCUUCAGCGCUUUGCCUGUUUGAUGGUUUGUCUGAGGGCAUAGCGGGAUUUCUUAUAAGCAUCCGGAGUAGUGUCCCGCUCCUUGAAAGCGGCAGCUCUAGCCUUUAGCUCGGUGCGGAUGUUGCCUGUAAUCCAUGGCUUCUGGUUGGGAUAUGUACGUACGGUCACUGUAGGGACGACGUCGUCGAUGCACUUAUUGAUGAAGCCAGUGACUGAUGUGGUGUACUCCUCAAUGCCAAUAUAGUGACUCGCUCUGUAUUGAGCGAGUCACUGGUACUUCCUGCUUUAGUUUUUGCUUCUAAGCAGGAAUCAGGAGGAUAGAAUUAUGGUCAGAUUUGCCAAAUGGACGGCGAGGGAGAGCUUUGUAUGCGUCUCUGUGUGUGAUGUAAAGGUGGUCUAGAGUUUUUUUUCCCUCUGGUUGCACAUGUGACAUGCUGGUAGAAAUGAGGUUAAACGGAUUUAAGUUUGCCUGCAUUAAAGUCCCGGCCACUAGGAGCGCCGCUUCUGGAUGAGCAUUUUCUUGUUUGCUUAUGGCCUUAUUCAGCUCGUUGAGUGCGGUCUUAGUGCCAGCAUCGGUUUGUGGUGGUAAUUAGACGGUUAUGAAAAAUAUAGAUAAACUCUCUCGGUAGAUAGUGUGGUCUACAGCUUAUCAUGAGGUACUCUACGUCAGGCGAGCAAUACCUCGAGACUUCCUUAAUAUUAGACAUCGCGCACCAGCUGGUAUUGACCAAUAGACACAAACCACCACACCAGACGUAGCUGUUCUGUCCUGCCGAUUCAUGGAAAAUCCAGCCAAAUAUAUCGUUCAGCCACGACUCGGUGAAACAUAAGGUAUUACAGUUUUGAAUGUCCCGUUGGUAGGAUAGUCUCGAACGGAGAUCAUCAAUUUUUUUCUCCAGUGAUUGCACGUUGGCCAAUAGAACGGAUGAUAGAGGCGGGUUACCCACUCGCCGACGAACUCUCACAAGGCACCCCAGUCUUCGCCCCCUGUAUAUCCGUCUUUUCUUCACGCGAAUGACGGGGAUUUGGGCCUGGUCUCGGAGAAGGAGUAUAUCCUUCGCGUCGGACUCAUUAAAGUAAAAAUCUUCGUCUAGUUCGAAGCGAGUACUCGCUGUUCUGAUAUCCAGAAGCUAUUUUUGGUCAUAAGAGACGGUAGCAGCAACAUUAUGUACAAAAUAAAUUACAAACAAUGAGAAAAAACAAACAAAAUAGCACAGUUGGUUAGGAGCCCGUAAAAUGGCAGCCAUCCCCUCCGGCGCCAUUCUCUAAUAUUCGGUCAGAAAUAGAGCAAGCUUUGAUUGGUUCUCUCAAACGUUGAGACCUCUCAUUGUUUGGAUUUGAAAAUCAAACAGUUGUAAUGAAAGGGGUCGGUGCUCCGGAGCUGCGUGUGGCUGUCCAUGAGGGUGUUUGAGUGAGAAAUAUGAAGAGGAGAACAAACCAGUAAAAGCCCCCUUCAUUAUUGACGCAUCGUGCUCACAGCAUCGAACAGCCUACCUAGACUAUGACGUCAGGAGGACUUCGAGUUUUGGUAUCAGCCAGACUUCUCUGUCCGUGCUGAACAUGAACACUCCUAAAAUGCUGUUUUUAUGUGCUGGGUCGUAUUCAUUAGGGCUCACCAUAGCAAAACGUUUUGCAACGAAGACUAAAACGGCUUGUUCGUAUUGAACAAGUACAGAGUGUUUUCUUCCAUUUCGUGCCUACUAAACACAACCCUUAUUUCAAACACUCAGUUUUGCUGCUCUGCUCGUGUGUUCCUCUCCAGGUGACGAUGAGACAUUUCAAGACAUCUUCCGUGACUUCAGUGAUAUGGCUUCUCACGAUCCAGAAAGACUCACCCGUCGACAGUUCAGCAGAAGCGGAGAAGAGGAGGGACAAGAGAAGAGGAUAGUGAAUCACCAGCGCAAGGCAGAGGAGGAGGAGGAAGAGACAUAGGGAGAAUCUCAAUGACAUACUCCGUGCGUCCUCUCAUCUUGCCCCCUCCUAAAAACACAUUGGAGGAAAAGGUCAGAUGGGUGGGGCCUCUGGCUUUCUCAUCCAAUGG